UGCAUAUUUCUAGCCCUCCUUUAAAACUAAACGAUACUUGUGAUGCAAGUGGUAACAAUGACAUCGCACUUUGUAUUCACUUGUUCCAUGACAUGUAAACAUGAAGCAAAGUGCGUGUGACUUAAAAGGGUAGGGCGCGGUUUCCUGAACUGUUGGUUUCUCUCCCGUUGCUGCUACUUGAAUGCGGAAGACAACCAACUGCUAAGAACUACACAAGCACAGAACUUUUUAUAACACCUGAAGUGUAACCAUGUGGCCAAAUCAAGGUCCAUCCAACCCAGCCUUUCCUCCUGGCUACAACCCCGCAAACCCCGCAUUCCCGCCCGCAGGAGUCUAUCCCCAGCCGCCGCCUCAACAAUACCCGCCCGUCCAAUAUCCAAUGGCUGUCAACCCAGCCAUGACAACCAACAAGCCCCCGAUUCUGAGGCCUUACGCGGGGGGUCCAGGCCCUCACUCCUACCCUGUGGCGCCCGGCGGGUAUCCGGUGGCCCCGGUUGGAGGCGUUUACCCUGGUGCAUACCCAUGGCCUCCGACAGGCUACCCCCACCACCAUUAUCGGGGCCACCACCACAACAAGGGUCAUCUCUACUAUGGAGGGGUCAACACAAUGUAUCCCCCAAGGGGGGGAAUUGGCGGUGCCCUGACUGGCAUGGCAAUGGGAUUGGUGGCACAUAAAGCCCACAAAAAGUUGAAGAAAGGGAAAAAGCUGAAGAAGGUGCACAAGCUGUAUAAGCAUGGUUACUACAACCAUGGCUGCAAGUAUUCCUCCAGCAGUAGCAGCAGCAGCAGCAGCAGCGACUCCGACUGAGGCCAUCCUUCCACUGUAUGCUACCAUCUGAAGAGAAAAGCCCUAAGUGCUAAAAGGCAUUAUCACUGUAACAGAAUUUAUGUUUUCAUACAGUGCUUCUAUCCAAAUAUACUGGGUAUUUGCUUUUCAGUGUCAAUUUUAAAAGGAUUUGUGGAUCGUCACGCGUCACUUUUUGGCAGGGAAUGUUUUUUAUCUUGAAACCUCUCGGCCGAGUGGAAACACGAACAUGUUACAGGCGUUGAUUGUCAUCCCACUGUGUUAUCAAACCAUGGAAUGUUUCUCGUGGUUGGCAUGAAAAAAAAACAACCUCUAAUAUGGUUAUUUGCAAUAAUAAAAGUACAAAAAGUUACAAA